GAGUAACUUGAUAAAUAAUCCUGGGCCUUUUUGGUGUUCUUUCUGCCUUCCGCAGCGCAACGCGUGCUGCAACUCGCUUUGACUCUGGGAGCAAAUUACGCAAGAUGCACAAUCGCAGCCGAGCUGAUCCUUAAUGCAAAUGAAAUGCUAUGAUCAGUUUGACCCCAGCGGGGCCUCCAGAGGGUCCUCGCUAAAGUAUAGUUUAAAAGAGCCGCUUUACAUGUUGCCCACUUGAUUUGCACGUAAAUGCUAUACAUUUCUGAUAAACUGUCUUAUAAUUCGUUAUUUUUGUUAUUUGACUCGAAUUAGCAGGAAUUAACGAUAAUCUCAAGGCCAAAUUUCUCCCAAUAUGGGGUCAGCGGGGGCUUAAUUGGGAAUUAUCCCUCUAUCAUCUUUGUGACUCAAAAAUUGUGAAUUAUCCAAAGUGUCGUGCAGCUCAGCGUGUGUUUAUGUGUGCGUUAGAGGAGGGGAGGCAGAGAGAGAGAGCUAUUACACAUCAGCAUGACAGCAGGGAGAGAAGGAGGAGGAGGAGGGAAGAGAGGUUCCAUGUGCUUCCUGUCUACACGCCAUUCACCUCCCUGAGCUCCAACAGGAUGGAGGUCCUGUGCGCUGCUGCUGCUGCUUCUCGCAUUUCAGCCAACUGACACAAAGUUCACACUCUGCGGUGUUUUGUCCUCUGUUUUUAAUCGCCGUUUCUAUCCGGACACAUUAAUCCUGAAAUUUCAUCUCCUUGUCAUUUUUAUUUUUUUGUUUUAUUAUUUUUCCACUCUGAUCAUCGCUGGGGUGUUUUUUUUUUCGGGAGAAAAAGGCUUCCAGGGAUGGAGUCGAUGCCCGGACAUCUUGGAGACGCGGGACGAGACGCCAGCUCUUCCCCGAGUUUGAAGCAGGACGCUCAGAGCUUUUCCAGCCCAAACUCCCUCAAACCGAACCAAGUGAGUGAGACCUCCCUGUACGGGGUGCCCAUCGUGUCUCUGGUCAUAGAUGGGAAAGAGAGACUCUGCCUGGCGCAGAUUUCUAACACCCUGCUGAAGAAUUACAGCUACAACGAGAUCCACAACCGCCGCGUGGCUCUGGGCAUCACCUGCGUGCAGUGCACGCCCGUCCAGCUGGAGCUCCUGCGGCGCGCCGGUGCGAUGCCCAUCUCGUCCAGGCGCUGCGGCAUGAUCACUAAACGGGAGGCCGAGCGGCUCUGCAAGUCGUUCCUGGGGGCGCACAGCCCCCCGAAGCUACCGGAGAAUUUCGCCUUUGACGUGUCGCACGAGUGCGCGUGGGGCUGCAGAGGCAGCUUCAUCCCCGCCAGAUACAACAGCUCCAGGGCGAAGUGCAUCAAAUGCAGCUUUUGCAACAUGUAUUUCUCCCCGAACAAGUUCAUCUUUCACUCCCACCGCACCCCGGAGUCCAAGUACCUGCAGCCGGACGCGGCAAACUUCAAUUCGUGGAGACGGCACCUGAAACUGACGGAAAAGAAGCCGUCUGAGGAUAUAAACCACGCGUGGGAGGACGUUAAGGCCAUGUUCAACGGGGGGAGCAGGAAAAGGACUCUGCCCAUGAGCGGGUCGGGGAUGUCCUCGACGCUGAAGUCGCAGGCCUCGUCCAGCUUGGCUCCAACUAGCUCCCCUGAGAUCCCUCACAAAACUUUACGGUGCGACGAGGAGCAGGGAAGCAAUAACUUAAGCUUGGCGGGCGGCGCGCGGAGCUACCCGGUCAUCCCGGUGCCCAGCAAGAGCUUUGGCAUGCUCCAGAAGAUCCCCCCACCCCUGUUCCCUCCCCACCCGUAUGGCUUUCCCAGCUACGGGCUGUGUCAGAAAAAGAGCGACGGGGUGACUGACGGUAGCAAGCCCGGUGUUCCCGGGGUGUUUUGGCCCGGCGCAAAGGACUCCCUCUACCCAGCUUUCCCCAUGUUCUGGCCCGCAGCCGGUGGGCUCCCCAUGCCGCCCUAUCCGGGCUCCCCGCCCAAGCCUCCGGCAGAGCGGCCGGGCGUCCGGCAAGCUGAGUUGGACCUGUCUGACCAAAGCGACCGGGGCGCAAACACACCCAAAGACACAACCCCGCACCCCCACCACGAGCGCAGCCCCAGCUCCCAGUCCUCCUCCACCAGGAACGACGAGGACAAGUCCGGGGACGAGGCCUCCCAGAGGAAGAUCAGCUACAUCUCGGCCUUCAGGCCCGUGGUCAAAGACGCGGAGACCAUCGCCAAACUCUAUGGCAACCGGGACGGGUUCGGCGCGCGCCCGGGCUACCUGUCCCCGGAUUUCAUCAGCGAGAGCUCCAGCUACAGGUCGGCUUCUCCGGACAGGGACAGCGUGGUGGACGACGAAGACGACGACCCGGACGUGGACGUAGAGUCCAACCGGGGUCCGGAGGAAGAGGAGUCGGUCCUGAUCUCCCCCGGUGGGGACCUGCGAGGUUCCCCCGCGCUCGAGCGGGUCUGUUCUGUUGCCGAGGAGGCCCAGGAGCGGCCCAACGGCGCCUCCAGCCCCGGGGCAGCUGGGGCAUCACCGCAGGGCUCUUCGGAUGAGGACCGGCAGAUGCGCAACGGUUCCCCCCUUCAUGAGGUGUACACACAUGAAAAGGACGGCCCGGUGCUGCUCCUGAACGAGCCUCCUUCCUACGGCUCCAAGCAGUCCAGCAGACCCAGCGGCGUCCAUCACAUGACCGAAAUACAAACGCAGCGUGGUUCAGCGUCCUAUCCAGAGCAGAAGGACAGACAAGGUGAUGGAGCUUUACGCAUCGACAUCAGCGUCCAUGAGAGAGAUCUGGAGAAUAUGGCCAAAGAGGAGUUGCAGAAGCAGCUGGUGGAGCAAGUGGAGCUGAGGAAGAAGCUGGAGAGAGAAUUUCAGCAUCUGAAAGAUAAUUUCCAGGAUCAAAUGAAGCGUGAGCUGUCCUACAGAGAGGAGAUGGUCCAGCAGCUGCAGAUUGUUCGAGACAUAAUGUGCACUGGAAUUUGGGUCCCACAGCCUCAAGCGGCUCUGGUUUUGGAUGUCAACUUGGUGAGCAGGUUUCCCUUUCUGUGUCUGCAUGUUGCUUCUCCUGGUAAAAAUACAAAGUCAAUGCAGGCUUGAUAAUCCUUUCUGUGACAAUUUCUCUUCAUUAUAUCUCUGUAUUUCUGUUGGUUCAGAUCUCUUUUGUUUUUUUAACUUUCUGUUUCAGGAGGUUUUGUGCCUUCUUUGUGCUGCUAGUAUCCCUGGAGUCUCUGUUCGCUGCGGUGAACAACACACACACACGCACGCACGCACGCACGCACGCACGCACACACACACACACACACGUCAAAUAAACUGAAUUGAUGUAUGAAUUGAACUUGUAUUUGACCUGCACCUCCAGCUAGCCCGUCACAUCACACACAAGCUCCCAAACAACAAUUAACAAUCUCAGACAUAAUAAAAACAAAUUCAGAAUGGAGGACAUAAAGCUGCCCUAACUCAGAGUUUCCCUAGUUGAUUACUUGCUGAAGCCGUGAGUAGAUGUUUCACUGUCCAACAGGUCAUAAGUUAUAAGUUCACACAUACUGUCCUACACAAGAUGUUAAACGUCUUAUAUAAUUUGGCAGGAUAUUAAACAUAAGAUUUUGAACAUCUUAUGGUCAACAUCUUAUGUUGAAGAUGUUCUUAUGUUGAACAUCUUCAACAUGAAAUGUUGAAGGAUGAUGUAUGAGAGAAGUAUUUUUACAACUGACGUCCUAAACAGCAUAAAAAAAUGAACUGUUGACAAAAAAGUUACCGAUUGUUGACUUUUUUCCCUUUCAGUAUAGUUAAUUCAGCAGUAAUUCACAUUUAUAUAAUCACAACAAACCUUUGCUGUGUAAAAGAAAACUUAUGACAGUUGGCUUGUCGUAAAAAGUAAAGUGUGCUACUAUUGAUCGUCUUUUUGUGUUGUGCAACACAUGAUAAAAAUGAAUUAAAUUGAGUUGAAUUGAUAAAUAACAGAUUGUUUCAUCAUGCAAAAUAGAGUUUGGAUUUCAAAUUCAAGUAAGCUGCUUUAUUUUGGGGCUUUUGUUAGGGCCCAUAGGACAAGGGG